AUGCCCGACCUUCUCUCGAUAGAACUGAGGGUUUCUCAGCUAGAACCUCCAAAACGCUUAUUCGCAGAUUUCGAUGACUUUGAUCCGUCCUCACAACAGCCUGGCGCGACGAAGCGACUCCGAGCUGAGAAAGAGGAAGCAGAACAGGAGGUUAAGGUAUGUCAAAAUCCCCUCGGACCAGUCAGCGUGUAA